AUGAACGAACUUGUGGACGUACGCCAUGGUUCUCGUGGCCUAAAGUCGUUAACAGGAUUGCCUGUGUUGACAAGGCCUUGUAAGGUAUGUAAUGAAUAAAAAUGUCCUGACUGUCCUGCAGGUUAAUGUGUCAAACUCGGAGUUAAACAGCCUUUUCUGUCACAGCGAAUGUGCAAAGAAGGUUAUAGUUCUACAUGCAAAGGCAUGCAAGAUUACCGACAUUGAUGGACUCCAUUUAUUUAUCAAUCUCGUCGAAUUGGAUCUCAGCUAUAACAAAAUUACGGUAAGGUUGUAGUAAUGGCUUGCAUUAUUUAGACGUUUAUGUACAACUACUCUGAUCAUUCUUGGUUGUCGACGUUAAUAUUGGAUGGUAAUUCACUGGGGGAUUUGAUUGAUUUGUCUCAUUUUCCAAACCUGAAAAUAUUGAGCCUGAACAAAACUGGAAUUUCUAAUCUUUCUUUGGCCAUGACCUUCUCAACUUCUUUGAGAUCGUUGUAUUUAAUUAAUAACCAUAUUACUGACCUGUGCGAAGUUAGGAAGCUGAGGCACUUGUUUUUAUUGGAAGAAUUGGAUAUGACUGGCAACGAAUGUUUGACAGAGUUGGAUGAAUCCUUGUCCAGGAUUGCCUUGAAAGCUCUAGUGUACCUAAAUUUGAUGAAGGUGAACGGAGUAAAAUUAGACAGAGAUUCCCAAUUAAGGAGUAAGUUUUCGCACGGUAUUGUGCAAUGAUGUUUAGGUGAAUCACUUCAGAUGUCGGGAAUCGGAAAGUUCAAGUCUGGACCAAACGAACACGAAAAGCUGGUCACGUUUAUAAAGCAAAAGUCGUAUACUUAUGAACCUCCGAAGACUCCUAUACCUAGUGAUGUACGUGCUUUUUUGUGGGGUAUAUUGGUUUAGAACUCCCUAACCCGGUCAGCUCCUCUUGUCAGAAGCCGGACUCUACGGGCAUCGACAAAUAUAACUCCUUCCCGUCCACGACUCAAUCUAAAACGUAAUAAGGCGCAGGAAAUAGACUCUGGACGACCGUGUUCUAUGGAGACGAGCAUGUCUAAGAUGUCGUUGGGUUCUCCAUCUUCACCGAAGUAUUAUAACAAGGCCAACGAAACAUUGGGUAAAAAAUAUGACUCGUUUACAGAUGGUGGAGGUCUUUCUGAUGAGGAUGACCUGCUAAAUGAGUCCUUCGCCUCUUCACGGACAGUCACAAUCUCGAGGACAGAUGAUAUUAAUGGGUAAGUUUUGGCUUAUUCGACUUUUACAAAAGUUUUAUUUUUUCUGGGGGUUACAAAAGAAUUAUUCUCCCGUUGCUGCCCAGUUAAGUACACCACAGCCGUGUAGGAAAUCAGAAUCGGUGGGAGAAAUGUUGAAGCGACAUCCUCUGAUUAAACCUAAAACACCCCGAUCUCAUAAAAGAAGAGUACCACUUAAACCUGUUGUUUCUCGACUAAUUCAACAAUCAAAGAGAGAAAUCUUUGAUGAAGUGAGAAGUUUAAGGCUCGAGAUGGAGAAGCGCAUUGCGGUACUUGUUUGAUUUAAUAGUUCAAGAAAUCACUGAACAUGAUGAUUUUUUGUCGUCGUAAGUUCUGGUUUAGGAUUUGGAACAAGAGAAUCUGAGUCUACGUGAUUUCAUUGAAGACCAACUGGAGAUUGUGCCUACAAAUGUAAGAUUCAAGCCAUACGGAGGCGAUAAUUACAUAAUUGAAUGGAAGAACGUUCCCAAACACAUGCUGAAUGUCGAAAGUAAGACUGGUCACCUUUUUUUAAUUAUGUUUCUUGCAGAACAUGAGGUGGAGGUCAAUAACGAAGUUUUCUCUGUUCGUGGAUCAGCCGAAAAAGCUCUAAUUGCAGAUCCACGGAAUAAGGAAUUGUAAGUGACGGUUCCUUCUCGAAAUACUGUUGAUUAGAAUCAAGGUACGAACAGUGAACAAGUUGACGGGAAAGAAAUCAACAGCCACUCAAGUCACAUUCUGCAAGUCGCCGGACAGAGGGGGAAACAAAGAGAAUCAUGUGUAA